AUGUCUAAAAGCCUCAGAGUUGCAGUCUUGGGGCCUAAGGGGCAGUGUGGAUCAUGUGUCGUGGAUGAGCUUCUGUCCCGAGGUCACAGUGUGGUCGGCAUUUCCCGUACGCCUCCUAAGACGUGGCCAAAAUCUGGAGAGUAUGGUGGCAUUCCAUGUGACUGCAGCGACAUCAAAGGCUUCAGUAAUGUCCAAUCUGAUGGAGAUUUCGAUGCCGUCGUAUCUGCCUUUGGUCCCCCUUUGGUUGACCUGAAGUCCGUGUACAGUGUGGGUGUGGAAGGCCAUGGCAAUAUUAAAAUGGCAAUCCUCAAAUCGACUUUCCGCGGUCCUUUCAUUAUCAUUGGUGGUGCCGGAUCACUAUUUUACAAGCACGGCGUCCAAUUGUGUGACGAUGAGGACUUUGCUUUCAAGCACUGGUACGCAUGGCCAAAUGUUCAUCUAAAUUACAUGUCAACUCGUAUGUUUGAUCAUGGUCAACAAGCGUUGGGUAGAUUUAUCCGUCUAUUUAAAUGGGCAAGAGCGAAUCGUGAGAAUCCCGGCUGGUUUUCGUGGCUUUCGUGGCUUUCGAGGCCUUUCGCCAACUGGUGCUUGCGGUCUUCUAAAAAGAACUUGACAAAUCCGGACACUAUUGGACUUAUUCUGUGCUCUCGGGUAGCUCUGACCAUGUGGGAAGGGGUCAAGGACAGAAAUUGGAGCUUCUUGUCACCCCCAUGGCAGCUGCGCGAUAAGGGAAUUCGCACUGGGAAGUACGAGGUCCAUGUAGAUGAUUCUGCGGGUUCUGCGGAGCAGGGAAUUGAUAACGGAAUUUACAACGAGGACAUGGCGGUGGCUAUAGUGGAUGAGGUUGAGAAUAACAAGCUGAACCACAAGCAUUGGACAUGUACUGGGCCAAUUGGGUUGAAGGAGUGGUAG